AACAAGAACAAUACUAACUCUCAAUCAUGGAUACUCUGAACCUCAUUCUUUGUUCUGCCCCUGUUGUCUUAGCCUUUUACAUUUUAAUUUUCAAGUCAACAAAAUCCUCGGAGAACUCGAAAACCCUCCCGCCGGGCAGCAUGGGUUGGCCCAUCAUAGGAGAAACGAUAGAGUUCCUGUUUGGCAAGCCGGAAAAUUUUGUGUUCAAAAGGAUGAACAAGUACUCCCCCGACAUCUUCAAGACCAACAUCCUCGGUGAGAAAACCGCCGUAAUAUGCGGUCCCAACGGCCACAAGUUCCUCUUCUCCAACGAACAAAAGUACUUGACGGCCUUCCGUCCACGCUCCAUGCAGAGACUGUUCCGAUCUUAUAACAAACAGCACAAGGCGGCCCAACUCCAACAUGCCAGUGAUGAAGAAGCCAAAAAAGUCCUCCGUUCGCCGGGGUUUCUUAAGCCCGAAGGUUUGAUCCGAUACUUGUCGAAAAUGGACGCAGUCACUCAGGAACAAAUGAAGAACUACUGGGAAGGAAAAAAUGAAGUGAAGGCUUAUCCUCUGGCGAAGAUUCUUACUCUUACUCUCGCCUGCAGAUUCUUCCUGGGCAUCGGCGACCCUGAAAGGAUUGCGAGGCUAGUUGACAACUUCGACAAUGUCACUGUGGGGAUGCAUUCUCUUAUUGUGAACUUUCCGGGGACGACAUUUUACAGAGCGAUGAAGGCUGCGAAUACGCUAAGGAAGGAGUUGAAGGCGGUGAUCGGAGAGAAGAAGAAGGCGAUGGCGGCGGGGGAGGCGAUGCAGGACAUUCUGGCGCAUAUGAUUGUGGCGAGUGAUGCGUCGGGGAAGCACAUGGCGGAGGCUGAGAUCGCUGAUAAGAUUAUGGGUUUACUCACUGCUGGUUAUAGCACUGUGGCCACUGCCAUGGCUUUCUUCAUGAAAUAUGUUGGUGAGAGGCCUGAUGUUUACCAAAAAGUCCUAGCAGAGCAAAAGGAGAUAGCAGAAUCAAAGAAGAGAGGAGACAUGUUGGAAUGGGAAGACAUAAACAAGAUGAAGUACAGUUGGAACGUGCUGUGUGAAGUUAUGAGGUUAACUCCUCCACUUCAGGGCACUUUCAGAGAGGCUCUCACUGAUUUCACCUAUGCCGGAUACACCAUCCCAAAAGGCUGGAAGGUAUAUUGGACAGUAAGUACAACAAACCAGAACCCAGAAUACUUUCCAGAGCCAGAAAAGUUCAAUCCGUCAAGACAUGACAACGCAAACGCCUUCCCGCCAUUCACAUUUGUGCCUUUUGGAGGAGGACCCCGCAUGUGCCCUGGAAAAGAAUAUGCAAGACUUUCCAUUCUCACUUUCGUCCACAACAUCGUAAAGAGAUUCCAAUGGGAACUGGUUUUUCCAAAUGAAAAGAUUGAAGGCGAUAUGAUGCCCACUCCAGAGAAAGGCCUUCCAAUUCGCCUCCGUUCUCAUUCGUAGUUAUUUUACGCUUUUGAAAAUAGAGUGAAACAAGCAUCUUUCUGUUUUUAUUAUGCAAGAAGUAGAUUUUAAUGCUACAGCAUCACGUGAUUCACAUCUGAAUAAUCCUUUUUUUUUUUUUUCCCACUUUGUAGUGGAAUGAGAUAUUUUUAGAACAAAGCUGCGUUCGGACUGUAUGAUUGGUUCAUGAAGUAUGCCUCCUUUUUAACGCUGAUUUUUGAAAUG